CUGGGCCCUUGGCUUAAGGCCUCGGCUCUUCCUGGGGCAGCGCUCAGGUGGACAGAGCCGCCUCUGGAGUCUGGAGGACCUGGGUUUGUGUCUUGCCUAGGACAGUUCCUAGCUGGGUGACUUUGGGCAAGUCGCUUCCCAUCUCGGAGCCUCCCUUCACUCCCUGCUUGUCUCUGAAAAUGUGGCACCUAGCAGGUCUUCAAUAAACGGUAGUUUGGACCUUGGCCAGUGUGAAAGGAAAAGGGACCACUGAUUUUAAAUCUUCAGUUAAACUUGUUUGUGAUAACUUAAAUAUAAAGUUAACAAAUACUGUAAAUUUUUUAGCUGGCAAUUUACGCUGAUAUUUAGGAUUAUGGGUUAAAUUGGGGAGAUGGAGUUUCAGCAUACAAAUCAAUGACAGUACAUGCAAAAUAUCAACAGCAAAACUCCCCAGCAAAGGCAGUCUCCUCCCCCUUGAAUUAUUAGUUAAGAGCAUACAACAUUGAGUCCCUCCUGUGGGCUGAGCUGGCUCCCAGGCCCUUGACAUUCAUUGACUAACGCACUGCUCACCGUGGAGUUGAUGUUAUUUUCGCCAUUUUAUGGAUGAUGAAACUGAAACUUGGAAAUAAUGACUUUCCAAAGGUUACACACAUCUGUCCAGCCCCCCAAGUUUGGGCCUUGACCCACCACCAGUCCAUUUAUUAGCAGGGACUGAGCUAUGGGUUCAGCCCACUUCAGCCAAAGAUGUGAAGAAAACAUUACUGGCCAAGAGAAGAAGAAUCAAAUAGGUGGCUGAGGGUCUAAAAUGGAGUCAAGGAGGUGACAGGGCAAGAGCAUGCCGUCUCUCAGGCAGCAGGUCAGAGGGGAGUGGGUCACAUGAGACUCAGCUGCUCUCCUGGUUCUCCUUCCCCCUUCCAGGGUGGCAGCCACAUCUGAGGACCAGAGCCACUUUGAGGAAUGAGGGCCUGUGACUUCCACUGGUCCAGCUGGGGCCAGUGACCAUCCUCAGCAUCUGAUAUCACCAGGAAGGCUUGGGGACCUGGGAGUGCUCAGGGGAGCCUUCUGCUGAGACAUGGAACUUUGGGGCCGAAUGCUGCGGGCCCUUGUAUCUGGCCUGGGGAGGAGAGGAGGCACUCAGGUCUGGGCCUUCAGCUCAUGGCAAACCCAUCUGCCUCUGGCUGGGUUGUUGAGUGCCACAGAGGUGGUCAGCUACUGGACGGCAGUCUUUGAGAAGAGGGGCAUCCCUGAGGCCCGGGACUCCAGUGAGUACAUCGUGGCUCAUGUUCUUGGAGCCAAAACAUUUCAGAGCCUGAGGCCAGUACUUUGGACCCAGCCCCUGACCCCUUGGCAGCUACAGCACGUCAAGGAGCUAAGUAGCCGCCGAUUGCGAAGGAUGCCUGUGCAGUACAUCCUUGGUGAGUGGGACUUUCAGGGCCUCAAUCUGAAGAUGGUGCCCCCAGUGUUCAUCCCUCGGCCAGAAACAGAGGAGCUGGUUGAAUGGGUGCUAGAGGAGGUGACCCAGAGGUCCCAUGUGGUGGGAGCCCAAGGUGGCCCCCUCAUCUUGGAGGUGGGCUGCGGAUCAGGAGCUGUCUCCCUCAGCCUGCUGAGCCAGAUCCCCCAGAGCCGAGUCAUUGCUGUGGAUAAGGGAGAAGCAGCCAUCUGCCUGACCCAUGAGAAUGCUCAGAGGCUUCAGUUGCAAGACAGGAUUCGGAUCAUCCCCCUCGAUGUGACCUUAGAGGGGAGCUGGGCACACCUUCUGCCCUGGGGUCCCAUGGACUUGGUUGUCAGCAACCCUCCCUACGUCUUCCACCAGGACAUGGAGCAGCUGGCCCCUGAGAUCCGCAGCUAUGAAGACCCAGCAGCCCUGGACGGUGGGGAGGAGGGCAUGGAUGUCAUCACCCACGUCCUGGCCCUGGCACCUUGGCUCCUAAAGGACUCUGGAAGCAUCUUCUUAGAAGUGGACCCAAGACACCCAGAGCUCGUUGGUAGCUGGCUUCAGAGCAGGCCUGACCUGUCCCUCCAUCUCGUGGCUGUGCGCAGGGACUUCUGUGGGAGGCCCCGGUUCCUGCACAUCCGGAGGUCUGGGCUACAGCCUGGAUGCCCCACAGACACCUGGCCAGGGCACUAGCCUGCCAGAGUGCCUGGCUGACACUUCUUCCUGGAAUGCUACUUGGAAGGAGGUGGAUGGCACCUUCCAGAACCCCAGAUCCUUGUGGCAUUCCCCACGGCUCUGUGAUGCCCCAUGCUCUUCAUUUCUAGGAGACUUAGGGGUAGAAGCAAGGGUGAGGGUGUCCUUUCUGGGGUGGCAAAGAGCCAGGGCAUCCAUAGUUCGGCUCAGGAGCUGAGCAGACCCAGGUUCCCAGUCUGGCCUCAUCACAUGAUGGCCAAGGGCAGGUUGCCCAGUGUCUCUGUGGGUGGAAUUGCUCUGAGGAUGUUGGGAGAUAUGGCCAAUAAAGUGUCGAGAGACCGACAAGUAGUGACCUAAUGUUUUGUUACCAUGAUUUCUGGGUCCCCUGACCCCUUGCCCCCAGGCAGUGCUGGGAGUAAGAGCUUCCUUCUGCCCCAGCAGGGCUGGCCACCAAUCCCGCAUGUGGUGGGGACAUGGGAGAGCAGUGUGGAGGAAAGAAUGUGGGUGCUCCUCCUGGCCUUGGAUGCCGGGGGCUGGCACUGAGCAGCUUACUCUAAGGGUUGUCUUAGCCCCCCACUGCCGUGGAGGCGCUCCCACCACUUCUCUGACUGCGGCUGGGCUCUGAGCACAGGAACCUCAUCUGAGCUUCAGCUCAGGGAUGGUUACCUGCUUCCUAGAUGGUCAGGGCUAAGCAUCCUUGCUGCACAGUUCUGGGGUUACGUGUCCACAUUCAUGUAACUGAAGGCUUGAGCCAGUGAGAGGUGAGCAGGGCUUGUGUUUAAUUUUUAUUCCUGUAGCUUUUAGCUAAAACGUCCCUUCCAAGUUGACUUGGAGUUUCAGAUUACUCAUCUGUCCCUGGUUGUGGCUGGGGAGAAUGAUUAGCUGAGAUAGUGACCAGGUUGUGACCUCCACUGCAGCUCUAGUGUGUGCAGACUUGUGGCCACCAGGAGGCCUGAAGGCUCAGCCCUUCUGUCCAUAGGGACAGGAAACCUCCAGGUUGGCCGGGUGCUGAUGUGAGCCUGCAUCAGGGUGAGUCCUGAGGAACAUGGCACACCGCCAGACUCCCCCACCCCCACCCCCAGCACUUUCAAGGGCCUGACCUGGUAGUGCAGUGGCCGGAGGCAGUGUGGUCUGAUGGGCAGCAUCCUCUGCUGGAGCCAGGAUGCUGGGUUCCAGGGCUGUGUCUUGCAGUAAGACCUAAGGCAGCUCCUUUUCCUGCGAGAAGCUGGUUCUUCUGGCUUGAAGGCCAGUGCAAGGUGGCAGCCUCAUUUUAUUCUCAGUCAGCCAGGUGGAGCUGACAUCUGAGUGCCCACUCCCCAGGCAGGGACUCCCCAAGAGAUGUGGCCUAUUUGAGGUCCCAUGGUGGGAGGUGGCCAAGUGGAGAUGGAAGUUAGGUCCCUGCCUUUGAGGAGUCUGUAUUGCUGGGGUCAUACCUGGCCUGAGUGACUCUUCCACUGUGGCUAGGGGUUGCAUUUGCCAGAGCAGAGGCCACACUGCAACUCCCAGAGCCCCAGUAUCCUGCCCCUUGCCAGCCCCAGCUGCACGGACCCCAAGCUGCCCCUGGCUUCCUUUGAGGAGGAGGAGCCAGGGCCUCUCCCUCAUGGCUGCUCUAGAAGAAACCUGGGAAGGUGACGUGAGGCACAGCCAGAGCAAGGCUCCUGGCUUUCUGAGCCCCCCCUGUGCUCUCAGACCUUGGCCUGCCUAGGGCCUCACCCUGUUGACCGUCCUCUUCUCUGCCUGUGCCCUUUGGCUCUUGCUGUUUUCAGCAGCAUCCAGGGCAGCUGCCCUGACCUCCUCGCAGUCUGUUACCCCCUUGUCGCACAGCCUGGGCCACACCUCAGCCAGUGCUGGCUUCCCUGAUGGUCUGACCCUCCUCGCCGCGGGCCCAUUGUGAGGAAAGGCCUUAGUGAGCAUGUGGGUAUGGCACCCCAAGAGAGCAUAAUGAUGGAGAGUGACAGGCUAGGGGCAGCUGGAGUCACUGAAGCAGGAGCCGUGCUUGGGGACAACUUCCUUCCCAGAAAACCGUGAGGCUUUAUGUCCCUGAGAAAGAGGUCCGGGCCAAGUGAACUGGCAGGGCAGGGCCUCAAGCCUGCAGCCACUCUCUUGAUUGGGCCUUGUACACUGAGCUCCAGUAUUGGAGACACAUCAGCCUGGGUGCAGAUCCUGGCAUCUGCCUUUCACCAGGAUGUGACAUUGGGCAGAUGACUUCGCCUCCCUCAGCCUUUGCUUCCAAGCCUGGGAAAUGGGACCAAGUGCUUUAUCUUAAUAGGAUGAUUGUGAGGAACCUGUGGGAUGCACCUUUCAUGGGGCACUAUGAGUCUUUCCAUUGCCCACCUUGGAGGGCAGAUGCAGGGAGGGCCCUGUACCCUCAUGCGUCUAUUUGGUGCUCAGCACCAACACAAGGCAGACAGACACGGCAGUCUGGAAAGGAGGGAAGGCAGGAAUUUCAGUCUUAAGCUCUUGAUUUCUCUCUGCCCUCUGGAGAUGGAGCCACCAAGAGGCUGGUAGCCUGGCAGCCCAGAUUUCCCCUCAGCCCCUCCUCUCCCUCUUCACCAGGGCGUGAGUGUCCUGAGGUCCAGGCCACAUCAGCUAGUGGCUCCAGCCCAAGGAAAGCCAGGCUCACCUGCCCUAUCUCCUCCCCCCUUCCUGGGGCCAGAGCCAGAGCCAGCUGCCUACUUUAGCAGUGUGUUGUGGAGCCCUGAAAGCAGAAUGGCAGGAAGACGUGGGGCUGAUGGUGGAGUCCAGGCUCUGCAGGCCCCUGAGGUCUUGAGGAAUGUACCUGCUGCCCACCCAGCCUCCUUCAGCCAGAGCCCUGAGCAUGGACAGAGGGUGUAGGAGUCCCUGAUCGAAGAACAGUUCCAUCCCCUCUCCCACAGUGGAGGAAACUGAGACUUUGCAUUAUAGUUGGAUGCUUUUCUCAGCUGCCUGUGGGUUUCACCAUGGGGCCCAUCUAGCUAGUUUAUUGAAAUGUGCUCCCCAAACCCUUUCUGCUCUCCCCCAUCCCUACUUGGACCCUGGGCCAUUAACUGCUCCCAAUCCCUGCCCUAAACCCUUGGCUGGCUCCCCAUGACCUGAGUGUGGUCUCUGUGUCCUGCAGAGUCCAGGUCUGAAGAGGUGGGGCAGGGUGGCUAUGGGAAAGGCCCUGGGGAUUCCUCCCAAGGCCGCCUCAGUGCUCUGAGUAAGCCUCCAUCAGAACAAAGCAUUCCACUGCUGACUGGCUUUGAGAACUUCAAUCUCUGUAGGCCAGCACAUUCUUCCCCAUCCACCUUUGGAUUCUUUUCUCCACUGCUGUACACUCCAGCCUCCCUGUAAAACUCUCCAUUCCCUAAACACACUUUCCUCCCUUUGCGCAGCUAGUGCAUCCAUCAAGAAUGCCUUUGUCCACCACUGCUAGUCCAAAUCAUCCUGUCCUUCAAGCUCCAAUACAAAUGCUGCCCCCUCUGGAACACCAGAGGGGUGUUAUGCUAUGUUCUUGCCAGCCUCUAGCCCAUGCUUCAGCCAGCACCAGUGAUGUCCUACCCCAUGCAUUUGGAAACCUUGUCUUUCUCAUCUCUCUAGGGCUCCAUGUAGGUCUGGCAUAUCUCAAGCUCAGUAAAUGUCCACCAAUAAGCCAACAGUGUGUGCAUUUUCUAGAAUGGAGCUGGAACUUCCCAUGUGGGUCACAUCUGACCUGACAGCAGCUCUUGCAUUUUCCAGUCAGCAGGGAGAGGAAGCCACGAGGGGCUGGCCUCCCACCUGAGCCAGGCAGCUGUUCGAGUUGAGCCAUGGCCCCUUUAGGCUCAAGUGCACCUGAUCUCUGCACAGUGGCCACGCCAGGAGUACAAGCUGUCCUUGGCGGCAUCAGGGGCAGGCGCCUGUUUCCUGGAACUCUGGGCCUCAGCCAGCCCCCAGGCAGAGUUGGCCGGAACAGUGGCCUGAUCCCCCCUCAUGACCCCUCAGGGCUGGAUAAGCCCUCUGGAUGGGGCUUGGGACUGGCAAAGCAACCCUACCCCUCCUGUGGUAGGCAGAAUACUGGCCCCAAAGAUGCCCAUGUCCUAAUCCCCCAAACCUGUGAAUGUGUUACCUUACAUGGCAAAAGGAAGUUUCCAGAUCUGAUUAAGUUAAGGCCGUUGAGAUGGAAAGAUGAUCCUAGAUUAUUCAGGUGGGCUCAGUGUAAUCACAAGUAUCCUUGUAAGAGGGAAGCAGGAACAUCAGAGUGAGAGAAGAUGUGAUGAUGGAAGCAGAGGUCAAAAUGAUGCAGUUUGCUGGAGGAAGGGGCCAUGAGCCAAGGACUGCAGACAGCCACUAGACACCGGAAGAGGCAACUAGAACCUCCCCUAGAGCCCCAAGAAAGAAAGCAGUCUUGCCAAUACACUGAUUUUAGCCCAGUAAAACUGAUUUUGGAUUUCAGACUUCCAAAACCAUAAGAUGAUAAAUUUGUGUUGUUUUAAGCCACUGAAUUUGUGGUAAUUUGUUAGAGCAGCAAUAAAAAACUAAUAAAGGCUUUGGUACCCAAAGUGAAGUGCUGCUGUAAUAAAUACCUAAAAAUGGAAGUGGCUUUGGAACUGGAAUUUGGAAAUGGGCAGAAGCUGGAAGAAUUUUGAGGUGCAUGAUAGAUUGCCUUGAACACCUCUUCUUUGAG